AUGGAAGAGAUAAAAGUGGAUAUUAAAACACUUAAUUUUCGAAAUGCGAUGGAUCUUAAAGUCUAUAUUAAUUACCUAGAAGAAGAAGAUACAAAUGAAGUCUUGAAUGAUCAGGAAAUCUUAACUUUAGUCACUAAUAUAGAACCCAGCAAAGAUUUAAAUAAUGACAAUAGUAAAGAAGACGAAGACAACAGUCAAAAAAUCCCUCUGAUUACUCACAAUGAAGUGCUAAAUGCUAUAGAGGUGCUGGAACAAUACCUUAUGCAACAGGAUCUAAAUGAUACAGCCCAGUUAGAUCACAACCAAGCAUUAGUCAAUUUGCAAAAGGCAAUUAGAAAAAUCU